GGCUUCUUUGCGCCAUUGUUGCUACCGCUAGUGGAAGCAUGGACAAGCUGCUGCCGGAACUGAAAUCGAGGCUCCGAAAGAUGACAUGCGAGAGGACAUGACGAAGUCCAAUUUGAGAGGUCUUGGGGCUGAGGCAAAUGGCAGCAACUGUGUCUGCCUGUAGUCCUGACGCUUCUGGUGAGUAGCCAAUAUUGGUAAGGCUCUGAGCCACCUCAGCGGCGUCGGCCUGGACUUGGGGUCUACGGUAAUAGUUCUCGACAUGCUGGUAAAUGAGUUCGGAGAGUGAGCGUAACUCUGCUUGGAGGUCCUUGUCCGGGGUUGCCUCGAGAAGAAAUUGACUGAGUUCAGCAUCGUGUCUCGACGAUGAAACUAUGACCUGUGUCCCAUCCUUUGGUUCCGUGUAUUUUUGGUCUGCUAAAACGAAUCCUUCGUUUGCUGGUUUGACUCUCCGCCGUCUCCGGAGAAGUAAAAAAGCUGCUAUGAAUCCCAGAGCAAGACCAGCAAUGAGGCAGCCAAUGGCAACUCCAGCAACGGGACCGCCUUUGAGUCCAUCUGGCGAUCUUUCCGAUGGCUCGCUGGAUGAGGUUUCUUCUUGGCUUGCUGGGGUUGCCUCCGUGGAAUCCAUCGUCGCAGGUCAGAGAUAAAAAAGUCUUGAAAGGCAAGAAAUUCAGGAGACGGGGCGAUCCUUGCUGAAGGUUUUUGGGGAGAUAACAAGAGAAAGAAUGAGGAUACCAAAGACUCAAAGGCUUCCAGGGCAGGCGUUGCUUUUGACCACCAACAAAGCCUCAGUAUUCCAGCCCUACUGCCGUAUGAUUGCCACCACCAAGUUGCUCUCCAUCGAGGUCCAGCUAGCAGCAUCCCUUGUCAAGCCACUCAACACAGGGGAGCAUCGAGAUGCGUGUUUCAGUAUCAGGCUGAGGCCGAAGGCCUACUCUGUCUUUUCCCAGCCGACCUGCUGAUAAUUGACCCGCACCGCACACCCUUAGAGGUGCGUCCAACAAACCAUUAUCACGAAGUCCAGCUCUGGUGGCUGAAAACAGGUCUAUAGCAUGGGUCUCUUCCGAGACUUGUCACAUUGCUGGCAAUAAGGCUCUCAGACUAUCUUUUGACUCUUCCUCAAUUGCUUCUCGAGAGAAAUUGAGCAGACCAACAAAUGGAGGAGCAACCAGACUUGACUGUCUCUGUGGACCUUGGCACGACGUUCACGGGUGUCGCCUGGAUGAGGCAUGGAAUCCCAAUCCAGGUCGUCAACGACUGGCCGGGAAGCGACGAUAGAGGCGAUCGAAAAGUCCCCACGACAAUCGUAUACAACGCGGAUGGAAGCAUCUCAUCUUGGGGAUUCAUGUGUGCUGACGAUGACCACGAUACGAGCAAGACACGUCGGGACUUCUUCAAGAUCUUUCUAGAUCCAGAGACCCUCGACGCAGCACAGCACCAGGGUCUAAGCAACGUCCCGCAAAGCACUACCCAGGCUCGCCAAUUCGUGACAGAUUAUCUGAAGCAGAUAUAUGCGCAUGUCAAAGAUAGCAUAGAAAUGCGCAUGGGUAUAAAACACGUCGGUGGAUGGGACCGUAUGGCUGUGCUGUUCCUCUUCAGUGCGCCCACGACGUGGACGAGUAUGGCUAUCAUCAACACCUUCAAAGGCGCAAUUCACGAUGCUGGAUUCGGAACUGGAGGCCCAAAACACUCAGCAUUGGUUGAUCUCACAGAGUCCGAGGCCGCAGCCGUGGCAACUCUCAAAACUGGAGCUAUAAGCCUCAAGGAAAACAGCGUAUUUCUGACCGUCGAUGCGGGUGGUGGCACAACAGACCUCGCUCUGAUGCGAGUCACUUCCACAAACUCAAGCUUUCCACAGCUUUCUCAAGUCGCUGCCGUCAGCGGUGUAGGUGUUGGCUCAUCACUUAUUGAUCGCGCAUUCGCAAGACUUGUCUCGCAAAGAAUGGCCGCGAAUCCCGACUUCAAGCUUCCGGCUGAUUUUGCAGCACGCAUGGCUCGAAGCCAAGGAUUUAAGAGCGUCAAGCACAAGUUUGGCGAAAAAGUAUACAUGCAACCAGUAUACAAAAUUAUGAUGGAGGGUGUAGGAUACGAUGUGAGCCACGAAGGCCUCGGAGUUCAAGAUGGACGCAUGCUUUUUACCAGGCGAGACAUUCAAGCCCUCUUCGAUGUCCAUAUCGAAGCAAUCAUGGCCCGAAUUCACAAGCGACUUGACUGGUUGGCCGAAAAAGGCCUUUCAAAACAAGUGGAGUAUGUGAUUCUUUCCGGUGGGCUGGGUAGUUCAGCCUACGUCCGUGAGGUUCUCCAAGAACACUUGACCAAGCUGCAACAUCCAAAUGCUCGAAAUCUCCUUGUUAUACCCUCCCAAGACCCACAACUUGUUGUCGCUCGUGGAGUUCUCGAGAACAAGCGACAAAGGAUGGAGUCGGGGAAUAAAUCCGUGCUCAGCACUUGGAUUGCUCGAGCGAGCUACGGCGUAAUCGUUCAGGAGGUCUAUAUGCCUGCACAGCACUUCGAUGAAGAAAUUCGACAAGAUCCGUGGGACCCAAGUGUGAAGUGGGCGACUAAUCAGAUCCAAUGGUUGAUCAAAAAGGGAGAUACCAUCAACCCAGACUCUCCGUUGGUCAAACGAUUCGAAAUCAGGCUGAAAGAUGGAGACACUACACGAGCUUGGGACGCAGAAAUUGUGGUGUCCAGCAACGAGGCCGAAUGGCUCCCUCGAAGCCUUAAACAAGCCGGCGUUAUGAGACUUUGUUCUGUAAAGAGCAACCUCGCUGGCAUCGAACAACGCCAGCUCGUCCUCAAAGAAAAGCGAGGAACUUGUUUCCGGCGUGGACACAAGUUCUACAUUUGUAGGUUCGAUAUUCGAGUUAUUGUAGCUCCAGCAGACCUGAGAUUUGAGCUCUGGUUUGGGGGGACGAAGUUCUCUGGCAAUCACCAGCCUAUCUCGGUCCAAUGGGAUGCAGCUAAAGGUUGAGAGAAUAGGUGACGAAGAUGGAACAAAGUGAGUAGCUUCACUCUAAACCACGAAACGCUGAGGAGAUACCCCGGCUGCAGAUGAAAUACGUAUGUACAUUGAUAUAUCCUCAGAUGAUCAGCGCCUUAUAAUCAUACACUAUCCUGACCAUUCUCCAAAAAAACGCCUUUGUCGUGAUUUCGACUUGCCCCAUAAUGAAACAGCAUUGCCACCCUUCCUUCCUCCUUUUCAAAACUUCAACACUCUUUGAGCAAAUUCUCAUUACAAUGACUUGUAAACACGCGCUGAAAUGCCGUUCAUGUUGACCUCUUGAAAGGAUGCGCUUCAGUGUUGAGAACCCAUUCGUCAAGGCUAAUGACGUUAGGCUCUGAAAAGAGUAGAUAAUAGUACUUGAGAGUCUC